CUUUUGGCUGAUUUGAUUCUUUGUAAACAAAUUUGAAAAAUGAAAAAUAUUAUUAUUUGGUUUCUGUUGAAAAAUUUUAAAAUUAAUCAAAACAAAAAAUACCACGAAAGCAUAAAGUUUAUCACGGGCCCAUGCAGCAAUCAAUAAAGAAAACGAUCAGGCGAUCUUCAAUCUGCGUAAUAAAGCUAUCACUACACGCUUAUCGUUGUUACAUGCUCGCCCUGCACAUUGCUGAUUUUGACAUGCAAAUUUUGUAAUUAUUGCUUGCACACAAAUUAAUAAGCGAAUGAAAUUCAAGAAAAUGUUGACGCCGUUAACUACUGUAGCUCUAUUCGAAGAAAUAGCAACAACACUGAGAAUCACAGCAACAUUGAAAAGCAUUAAAAAGUAAGCGAAGAGAAAAAUAAAUUUGUUCAAACUUUUAAAUAUUUUAUAUCAUAUCUAUUUUAGUUAUUUUAUUAUAUUUGUUGUAAGCGUUUUGUCGUUGUGGUUUUUCUGUGCACAAACCCACAUAUGGACACUUGUAUAUAUUUCAUUUUUUCUAGCAUACUCUCAUUUGUAUGCAAACUUUGUAUAUUUUUGGUGACUGUGCAAUCAACAACAAUAGAGACAUAGUAAUAAUUUGAUGUGAAUACUAUUCAAAAAUCCCUUCACAAAAUAUUACUCAUAUAUAACCGAUUCGGAUUAACGAUUGCACUAGUUUGAAAUACUCAAACACACUUUAAGUGGACAUAUACAGGGAGACGAUGAUUGUCUUCGUCUACGACACAGAGUGUCUCAAGGACGAAGCAGAUGAUCCAGUAAAAGCAGUGCUCUAUUUUCACCCGAGUUGGGUAUCAGACACACAGAAAGUCGCGCUUUGUGGGCAACUAAUGGGUACAUCGUACUUCCUUAAGGACUGUUUCUGUAAGCCAAAAAUGAUGGCUUUACAAAACGGUAAAUUUGUACUGAAGGAAUUUGGGAGAUUUACUUUGGCUGUUGGCACGGACCGCAACAUCUCAGAUUAUUUGUUAGAAAAACGUGCUGAUUUGCUUGCCUCACUUGUGAAAUUCUUCCAUCGCGAUCUGCAAAGUCUCUUCGAUCAGUUUCCUCAACAAGCGCAGUAUAAGAAUCUCUCCGAAAAGCUAUAUCACAUUUUCGAAACAUAUCUGCCGAUUUUACAACGUAACGGACAUAUUUUCCAAAACGUACCCAAACUGCGUAUGCCGAAGACGGCCAGCAAUAUAUUUUUGGACGCCAUACAAACAUUACAGUGCUGUCAGCAGACCAAGGGCAUAUUGGGCGGCGCCGUACUUUACCAUAACAAAGUGGUUGCCUCCCAACUCGGCAAUACCAUUACUAAGCAGCUUGUUUUAACGGAUCCGCUGCACAUACGCACCACCGCCGAACAGAUACACUUCACUGAUUUUCACAUACCUAACGGUGUACAAAUGUUAGUUGUUUAUGUGGAUGUGCCACAAUAUAAUCAUUUAGCAGCAGACGCGCAACGCGCACAAACUCUACAGACCACACAACUGUCACAGAAUUUGUUUCCGUUUCAGUAUGCGAAGCGUAAACUGAAACGCGAUAAAUCAUUAAUUUUUACCCACAUACCAGAGGAGAGCAGCACCGGCGGCGGUAUUGCAGGUGAACUUGCGGAAGAAGUUGUCGGCGUUACAACGGUUGUUAGCCAAACACUCACUGGAAUACGUCCUAAAUCAUUGCUGAUACGCCCCACACACUUACCUCUUCGUAGUCGCAACGGUAUGAGCAGUUCAAAGGAGUUGCCUGAAUCAGGUAUUGCUUCGAUAAAUUUCGAUGAGACCGAUUCGUAUCCGGAGUUUAUUGGACGCACUAGUGUGUGCUCUACACCAAUGACUGAGAAUAAAGUGCUGCAAGUGGGGAACAUUAUGUCCAUCUGUGCUAAUCCAGAAGACGAGAGUAACUCGAAUAAGCAGAAAACACAAGCUACCAACCGACGCAGUUCGCUAAAAUUCGACUUUGAGAAAUUCUUUCAAAAUUUCAUUGCUAAUCCCAAUAAGCAAAUGGAGCGCCGCAACUCUUUCACAGACCUGCAAGAUUCACUCAAGAAGAUCUCGAAGAAAUUGUCACUCAAACAAUUUUCGCAUAGCUUUAAGACUGACGUCAAUCGCAAUGGCAGCACAAGCGGCAUUGAGGCCCUGGAAUCUCCUGAUUUUAUCGAGAAUGACGAUGAUGUUGAAGCGGAGCAAAAUUCCGACAACUCUGAUGAGAACAAUCACACAUCCCGCACCAUAACCGAUCCCACCUAUCCCGUUUUCAAUGAGAAUGGUCAGCCAAUAUCACGUAGCCUCUUCCAAGAGUUCAUAGAAAAGUAUUACCGCUUGUGGGCGGAUAAUGGCAGCAGUACUGGCAGCGCCAAAAAGGAGGUAGAAAUCGCACAACUCAUUGAGGAAUUCAAGGAGUUCGAUAAGGAACUUAAAAAACUAGACGAAUCGCUGGGUCGUCAGGAUCUCGGCGAUAAUUGCAAUAGCACACAACUCAAAGUCGAUCGCAACUUGAAUACUGAACCAACCACUGUAGUGACAAAAGCGAAAACACCACUUGACAAGAAAUCACUUAGUCUUCCACUGAAGCCACUCGCCGAUGUAGCAGGCAGCAAUGAGCGUGAACUGCCAUUUGUUAUAGCGAAUCGUAAGCAUACUGGUGGUGUUCCACUCACACCGCUCAUGGCCAAACUCUCUGUGUUGGCGCUGAAUGAGGAGCACAAUGGCAGCGGCGUUUGGGAUGCCAACGCUGUGGAAAUACAAACACCCCUAAACACGUCUAAAGUAUUCUCCCGUCGCAACUCUUUGAUAUGUGACGACGCAGUGGAUGCCUUAGCGGCAUUGCCUAUAAGCACACAGUCUGCAAGAAAUGGUCUAAAGCGGCUAGAGUUGUACAUGUGUGGGCAGCAAAAUAUGACGCUGCUGUUGCUGAUGGAGGAGGGGACGGCGCGCCAGCAGCCCGUUGUGCAGAAGAUGUUCGAUAUUUGCGUUGCGAAAUUUCCGCAUAUGGAAUCGCAUUUAAAUCAAACACUCAAUGUCAAUGUGGAAGGCGAUAAGCGUGACGGCGCCUACAGUUUCAUGAGCAUCGAUGCGAAAUGGGACACGUUGGAGCGUAAUGGACCAUGGAAUCCGAUGGAAUUGAAUACGCUCGAAUGUAUGCAUCAUGAUUUGCAACCGAACAAUGAGAUCUCUGACUUGAUUUUAAGAUCACACGAUGCGGUCUACUACGGCUACAAGUCCGGUCGUUCUGAAUUCUUUUACAAAGAAGCCGCACAUUCCACCAACGGCAUACCGCCACCCUCCGAUCCCAUGGGCAAUGUAGCGAUGCGCGCCAAAACACAUCUGGAACGUGAUCAUUCAUACAUUUUAUUUUAAAUUCGACAAACGUUUUUGCGAAAGUAAGAUAGCAAAAUAUUGUGUGUAUUCAUGUAAUAUGUUUUCUAAAUUUAUUUUUAUAGUAGUGAUACUCAGAAACACUAGAUUAGAUUUACUAUGUAAUAGCAGUAAACUCAGCAACAACAAAAAUAUGUUUCACUUAAACUCAUUAGUGGGCCACUAUCCUAGCGCUGGGAAUUCUAACUAGAUACAAAAUAUUUUGUCUAAAAUACUCACAGUUUAAAAGAAUUAUUUAAACAUCAUCAGAAAGACAUACGCGCCAGCGCCUAAGGGUAUACUUUCUUUAUUAAAACUCUCCUCAGCCUUUUGUACUUAUAUUAUUCUAAUGUUAUCUCCAAUUAAGCGACAGCUGUACAAUCGCUUUCUGAAAAAUUUUACGCAUUUUCUUUUAGUAUACGUACUAUAUAUUUAUAUGAUUAUUAAAUAUCUACACUUAAGUUUAAUCUAUAUAGUUUAAAAUUUUGUUAACUAUAGACUAAGAUUUUUAGCAAUUUUUUUACUCCUUUACGCUAAUAGAAACAUACUUAUAAUAUGUGUCGCUUUUUUCUGCAAUGAUUCUACAAAUUUUUUCUUUUCUUAUUGUAUUAUAAACUAUUAUGUGCAGUAGGGGUAGAGAUGAGGAAUCGAAUGUUGUUUUUUAGCUUGAAAUUUGUACCUUGAAAUUGUCCAUUAAUGCUUUUUGCAUAAAAAGAGGACUUACAACAAAUAUUGCGUCGCAAUAUACCGUUUGCAUCUCAAGAUAUGAUUUUGAGAGGUUUUUACUGCAAACACAUACCCACAUACAUGCAAAAAUAUAUAUUUUAUAAAUAAGAUAUGACAAUGCAGAAGAUUUAACGUGCCAAUUACACAUUCCAUUCCAUUUCAUUCAAUUAAUAUUAAAUAGUUAUUGUAUAAGUUUUAUUGCAUAUGGAAUCCAGUGGAGUAUACAAUAAACAUAGUAAGGCAUGUGGUAAUACAUAUGUAUAUUUGGUGUGAAGCAAAUUGCGGAACAUUUCUUGUGUAAUGGUUGCGCUGAAAUUUAAAUAAAAGAAAAGAAUAAGUGCUGCGAGAA